AUGCUAAUACUUUUAUCUCAAAAGCCGCAGCGAAGGAUCGCUAUUGUCUCUGAAUCGUUCGCUUUGAUCCUCAAGUCUGUGGGCACCGAUCCUUCCCAUAGGCCUCGCUGUGCUAUUGAGUUAGUACCAAAGAGUGAUUUGAAGAAUCAGGAUUUCAAGAGGUUGUCUGGACACGAUAUCCAAGGAUUCAUUGGUCUCAUUGAAAUUGAAGGUUUGAUUUUCGUGGGAACAAUUACAGGGAAAUCAAAAGUAGCUCAACCUAUUCCUGGUGAGACUGUCAAUAAGAUUUAUGCUGUUGAUUUCUUCUGUCUCAAUGACGGACGUUGGGAUUUUGUCGAAAUUGAAUCCUCUGGAUAUCCUGUUAUGUCAGAAUCAGACUCACCAGAGUUUCAAGAGGCCUUGCCUAGACAUCCAUGUUACGAGAUAAGAAAGCUCUUAUCAAAUGGUUCAUUCUAUUAUAGCUCUGAUUUUGAUCUGACUUCUACCUUGCAGCAUCGUGGAUUCAGCGAGUACUCCCUGAGUGUCGAUAAUUUUCAAGAAGAAUAUAUGUGGAACUCAUUCCUCAUGCAGGAGAUUAUUACUUAUAGAGAUAGACUUGACGAGAACUAUAAACAAAUUUUGGAUGAAGAGGGUUUCCUGACGACAGUUAUUCGAGGAUUUGCAGAAACUUUUGUCACAUACAUCAAGAGAUUGAAGGUCGCGUUAACCGUGAUUUCGAAGCAGAGUUGGAAAAGAGCAGGGACUCGUUUCAAUGCUCGUGGUGUAGAUGAUGAAGCAAAUGUUGCAAACUUUGUUGAAACUGAAUUAAUCAUGUACUCAUCGCAGUAUUGUUAUGCAUUUACACAAAUUAGAGGAAGUAUACCGGUCUUCUGGGAGCAGGACACUUCGCUCAUCAACCCCAAAGUGCAGAUCACGAGAUCCAUGGAAGCAACCCAACCUAUCUUCGAUGAGCAUUUCAUCCGAUUGAUCGACGAGUACGGUCCGGUUCAUGUCGUCAAUCUGCUUUCGACAAAAUCAUCAGAGAUUGAGCUAUCGAGGAGAUACAAAGCUCAUAUAACGAAGUCCGAGAAAUUGAAACUUAAUCAUGAUGUGUUCUUCACGGAUUUUGAUUUUCAUCGAGAGACAGCUCAGGAGGGAUUUUCUGCCGUUGAGAGGCUGAUUCCCAAGAUUUUAGACUCUCUCUUGACAGCUGGGUACUUCUCGUACGAUGUUAAGGAAAAGAAAGUCAUUUCAGAACAACAAGGUAUCUUUAGGACCAACUGUCUAGAUUGUUUGGACAGAACUAACUUAGUUCAACAGGUCAUUUCACUCGCCGCUUUCAAAACGUUUUUGGAAGAUUUCAAUAUGGUCACUGCGAACUCCUACAUUGAUUCGGAAGAUUAUGUCCUCAAGCACAACACACUUUGGGCUGAUCAUGGUGAUCAAGUCUCCCAAAUUUACACUGGUACCAAUGCAUUGAAGUCUUCUUUCUCUAGGAAGGGUAAAAUGUCUUUUGCAGGAGCCUUAUCCGAUGCGACCAAAUCAGUCAGCAGGAUGUACAUUAAUAACUUUAUGGAUAAGAACAAACAGCAGAAUAUUGAUGCGUUGCUCGGGAGGUUACCUGACCAACAGCCUGUGCAGCUUUAUGAUCCGAUAAAUGAGUUCGUUUCAUCGAAACUGACAGGUCUAUCAGACCAAUUUACUUCUCACUCCACGAUAAAUCUCUUGGUGGGAACAUACAAUGUAAAUGGUGCUUCAAGGGCUGCCGAUUUGUCUAAGUGGUUGUUCCCUAUCGGCGACAAGUUCAAGCCCGAUAUUGUCGUACUGGGAUUACAAGAGGUCAUCGAACUGACCGCGGGCUCGAUUCUGAAUGCUGAUUAUUCCAAGGGCUCCUUCUGGGAGAAUAUGGUCAGUAAGUGCUUAAAUCAGUUCGAUGAGAAAUACCUACUGCUGAGAGUUGAACAGAUGUCUUCCCUGGUGAUUCUCUUCUUUGUGAAGGCGGAUAAAGCGAACGUGGUUAGGCAAGUGGAAGGUGCCACUAAAAAGACGGGUUUCGGAGGUAUCACAGGUAAUAAAGGAGCUGUUGCAAUCAGGUUUGAAUAUGGUGAUACAUCUUUUUGUUUUGUGAACGCCCAUUUCUCGGCUGGCUCCAACAACAUCGAAGAACGUCGCAACGAUUACGAGAGCAUCGUCAAGAGUAUAGCCUUCCAAAGAUCUAAAACAAUCCCGCAUCACGACUCGAUCGUCUGGUUGGGUGACUUGAAUUAUAGGAUUUCGUUGCCAAAUGAAGAAGUGAGAAAAGAGCUAUCUUCUCAAGAAGAUGGCUAUAUUGACAAACUUUUACGCUACGAUCAAUUAACGCGUGAAAUUAACUCUGGCGUGAUCUUUCAGGAUUUCAGAGAGCCCACUUUGAAGUUUCGGCCAACCUACAAAUUUGAUCAUGGCACUGACAGAUACGACUCUUCAGAGAAAGCCAGAACGCCUUCAUGGACCGACCGGAUUGUCUACAAGGGCGAUAAUCUACAUCCUUUGGCUUAUGCAGAUGCUCCUUUACUGAUUAGUGACCAUAGACCAGUUUAUGCCGCAUACAGAGCCAAGGUUUCAUAUAUUGACGAAGCUGUCAGACUGGAUUUGACAAAACGUCUGUACAAUGAGUACAAGGCCGCCCAUCCCGAAGAACUAGAUAGAAAAGACAACCACUUGGUUGAUCUGGCCACAGAUAUGGAUAAUGCAGCCAAGAGACGUCGGUCGCUUGCGCAAGCAACUGGUGUAACUUUGCUUGAUUUCCCUGGCUCGCCAUCGAAGGUACUGUCACCAACUUCUUCUUCGUCAUCUUUGUCAUCAACUCCAUUACAACCUGUGAGAAGGAAAGAGACCAACUCUUCUUUUGAUAGCAUCAAACCAAGGAUACGCCCACCUCCACCUCCAGCACCGACAUCGACUGCUCACUUGGAACCUGCUGAGGAUUCUGGUCCGAGCAGCGACGAUUCGAGUAGCAUCAUUUCAACCAGACAAAAGCAUCCUGAGCAAUCCGCUCCGCCUCCUCCACAGCCGAGAAAGUCCCUGCCACCAGGAUUUAACGAGGCAAUCUUGACACCAAGAAAUACAAGUCGAUCAACUACACCUACCCUUCCAAGAGCAGAGGUGCCUACCCCUCGAAAGAAUUUCAAAUUUGAAACGCCUGUCUCUUCUUCUCCAUCUCCUCCAUUUUCAACAGAGUCAAACUCGGUUAACGUACAGUCACCACCAACCGAAGCUGAUGUGGUAACCACUUCAGCUACAAAGAAAAAGAUAGCACCAGCAAAACCUGCCAAGAAGCCAGAACUGGAGAACUUAACCAUGGACUCGUGGAAACCUCUCACUCCCAAGUGA